GGUUCACUCAGUCUCGUUCUCACCUGACGGUACUUGCAUCGCGUCUGGUUCUUUCGAUAAGACUGUCCGUUUUUGGAGUGUCGUGAAACUGCAGUCAUCCCCCGAAUCUACAGAGCCAGAUCCCUCCGCAUUCUCGCUGCAUCGAAACGCCAUACCUCUCACCGAAGAAAGCUAUAUCAUGCCAACCGGCGCUUGUAAUGAUCACCUCAUUUGCUUCUCAUCCAGCCUGAAACACGCCCUGCCCAACCCUGACUGGCCCGAACGUACCCUUCACCUUAAUUAUAAUUCGACCCCUUUCCUGCUGCAGGUUGAUGGAUGGGUGAUGGGCUCCGAUCGUCGGCUCCUUUUCUGGGUACCUCCCGCUUCCCGACAUGCAUUUUAUACUCCUUUGACUUCAUUGGUGAUCCCAAGAGGAGGUGUCGAGCUUGAUUUGAGUUGCAUGGCGCAUGGGACACACUGGUCGAGUUGCCGAGAUGCCUCCACGUAACGAUAGUUUUAUUGCUGCAAUAUCGAGUGUACUGUUUAAUUCUUUGAUUCCUUG